AUGGACGUCGCGUUGGCGGUCGUGGACGCCCUGCGCCAGAUCUACGCGCUACGCAAAGCGAUCCUCCGUCAACGCCGCGUCAACGAGGAAACGUACCUGCAGAUGAUGGAAAUAUUCGUCGAGUUGCACUCGUCGGAGGGGGUCCAAGUCAACGCCACGCUGCGGCGCACUGCCGCUGUCGAGAAGUUCUCGGAGGCGGUGAUCAAGUUCUCGUCAUAUCUGCAAAAGUACGACCACAUGUGCCGGGUCGUCCGCUUAUUCAAGCUCGCAGCCAUGGAGGAAGAGCGGCUCGAGAUCGUGGGAGAAAUCGACCAGGUCCUCCGGAUGCUGAACUUCGCUUCGGCCGUGACGGUCAUGAACGGUGCAGUUGCUGUCUCUAGAAACACCGCGAGGCUUCGUGCAAAGCUGGAGGAGAUGCAUGGGGAUAUCAAACUCGGCCACGACCAACUCCUCGCGGCGCUGCUCGCCAAGAAGAAGCAGCAACACGCUGAUCAGGGGCCCGUACUCGAGGAACGGUCUUCUAACCGAGUGGGAGUAGAUCAAGUUCUAGUCCACCAAGUAUCCGUACUGACGGCGUGUGAGGGCGACGAACAGGCGAACCCCCCUCUUCAAGCACUUGGAGAUAUUUUGGUGACUGCGGGGGACUCUAUCAGUGACACGGUGGAGGGGAAAUCGCCGGUCGGUGAUAACUCGGUGGGAGAACCCGAGUCGAGCGUCGCUAACGACGAGGAUCAGGAUACGUCACCUCAAGUGGAGCCAAGUACACUUGAUAUCGUGGCUCUGCUUGGUGCGGACGAUACGACAGCGCAGCAAAAAGAAGACCUUGUCUUGGAUCUCCUUCGUACGUGCAUCACCAACAGCAGCCGCGUCCAAGUUUACAAGACCAAAGGGAUCCCAGUACUCACGAACCUGGUGCGCCACGGAGAGACGUUCCUCACGCAGCUGUACGCUCUGCACUGCCUGAGUUGGUUCACGUUCUCCUUCUCCAAACUGCGCGAAUCGGACUUCAUGGAGCUGAACAACUGCGUUCGCGAACCAUCCCACGAAGAAAUGCUCUCGCUUCUGCACGAACUACAGUCUGCCGAUGAUGAAGUGAAAGAGCGCGCAGCUUUGCAUUCCUCCUGCGUGGCAACAAGUGGAGCGGGAGACGCGUUACGUCAACUUGGAGUGCUGCCGCUACUGAUUGAGCAACUCAAGGAUGGCACCGACAACCAGAAACUGUGGGCAACUGAGGCGCUGGUAACACUCGCUAGCGACAGCAAUGAGAACAGUGUGGCAAUUACGCGUGGAGGGGCCAUCCCGCCGCUGGUUCUGCUUCUUCGAUCUGGAACCGACAUGCACAAACAGGAAGCAGCCUACGCUCUCGGAAACCUGGCGGCGAACAACGAAGUGAAUCGUGCGAAAAUUGCUCGCGAAGGCGCCAUUCCUCCCAUGGUGGAGUUUGUGAAGUCAGCGACGGACGCGCAGAACCAGUGGGCCGUGUACGCUUUGGGGUCUCUCUCCCUAAACAACGAGGAGAACCGCGUGUUGAUUGCUCAAGAAGGUGCUAUCCGUCCUCUCGUUAAGCUCCUGCGCGUGGGAACACGCGCUCAGAAGCAGUGGGCCGCAUACACACUUGGGAAUCUCGCCCACAACGACGCGAACCGAGUGGAGAUCACACUGCAUGGCGCCAUUGUACCGUUGGUCCAGCUUCUUCGAACUGGGACGGCCAUGCAGAAGCAGCGAGCAGCGUUUGCAUUGGGGAAUCUAGCAUGCGAUAACGAUACAGUGACGACGGACUUUGAUGAAGCCAUCCUGCCGCUCGUGAAUCUUGUGAGGACCGGCUCUGACUCUCAGAAGGAGGACGCCGCGUACACGCUCGGCAACCUCGCCGCCAACAACGGCGCCAGGCGUGCUGAGAUCGGGCGGGCGGGAGCUAUUGCUCCGCUCGUGAAGCUACUUAAGAUUGGAGACGGUGAGCAGAAGCAGUGGGCGGCAUUCGCGCUGAGGUGUCUGGCUUACGAUAACCACUUAAACCGCAUGGCAAUUGUGAAGGAGGGCGCCAUUGACGCUCUCGCUGCGAUCGUGGAGGAAGGGACCAAAGCGCAAAAGAAGGAGGCUGCUCUUGCACUUGAGCACCUUGCGGUGAAGGAUGGUGCGGCCACCGACACGUUCAUUCCCGAUCGAGUUAUGACACCGCUGAUGGACACAAUUUCACUGAACGCCAAUGUAGCUGCUGCUGCCGCUCUAAACACACUGGAAACCGUGCGCGAGGGCGUCCUCCCGCUUUUUCGCAAGCUCAUGAAGCCAGAAGCUGCGGUCAAAACCGAGUCUGCUUCGCAGAACUUGGGGCUUCAUACUCGUGAAGGUCCAAAAGAUGCGACGGAUGUGCGCGUCGUUGCUGGUGCUUGGUAA